AGUCGUUCAUUUGAUAACUAAACCCCUUAUUUCUCAAAUCCCAAAACCCUAGACGUUGCUUCUCUCUUCUCUAGAACCUUUUACAACGAUGGCCAAAACUUUGAACGAAGAAACAAUCAAGAAGGUCAUUCGUCAGGUCGAGUUUUACUUCAGUGAUAGUAAUCUUCCAAAAGAUGGGUUUCUUAAGAAAACUGUGGAUGAAAGUGAAGAUGGAUUGGUAAGUUUAGCUUUGAUAUGUUCGUUUUCACGGAUGAGGUCUCAUUUGGGUUUGGGGCCGUCAAAGCAGGAAGAGAUAUCAGAUGAUACUAUACAAGCUGUUGCUGAAGCUCUAAAGGCUUCUUCUUUUCUUAAGAUUUCGGAAGAUGGGAAAUGUGUUGGUAGAGUCACAGAGCUUUCGAAGCCCGAGGAGGUUAUAGAGCAAAUAGAUGUUAGGACGAUUGCUGCAUCCCCAUUGGAAUACAGUGUCAAGCUUGAAGAUGUGGAGUCCUUCUUUGGUCAGCAUGGCAAGGUUAACAGUGUGAGGCUGCCUCGGCAUGUAGCUGACAAAAGGAUGUUUUGUGGCACUGCUCUGGUUGAGUUCGCCAGUGAGGAAGAUGCGGCUAAUGUUGUGAAGCAAAACUUGAUUUAUGAAGGAGUUGAAUUAGAACUGAAACCAAAGAAAGAUUUCGAUGUAGAAAGAGCCAACGAAGAGAAAGAAGUUGAGCAUAACCGUCCUCAUCUUGGUCCAAAUAGUAAAAACAAUUCGAAGCCUGAACUAGACUAUCCAAAGGGCUUGAUCAUUGCAUUUAAGUUGAAGAGAAAAAGCUCUACAGAACAAAAUGGUAAUCAUCAAGCGGCUGCUGAAAGCGCAAGUGCUCCCGAAACAGAAGGCAAUAAAGAUACAACAAAAGACAAUGUCAAGGUGACAGAAGAGGUGUCAGAAGUUAGAGAUGAAGACAACAAUAAGGAUGAUGAAAAAGAUGCUGAGAAUGGAAGUGGGGAGACUGAUGUUCAGAAUCCUGAAGCUGUAGAGAAAUCCAUGGACAGUCCAACUGAAGAGGAUGAUCAAGCUCCUGCUGAAGAAAAAUUAUCAAUUCCUGCUUGCAAGGACAACAAGGACAUUGUUAUGCGCGAAGACUUGAGGAGCAUUUUCCAAAAAUUUGGCACUGUGAAGUUUGUUGAUUUCACGAUUGGAUCAGAAUCAGGUUAUAUAAGGUUUGAAAAUGAAGGGGCUGCACAGAAAGCACGUGCUGCUGGUGUACUUGCUGAAGAAGGUGGUUUGACGGUGAAGAAUUUCAUUGCUGCCUUAGACCCAGUAACUGGUGAUGCUGAGAAGGAAUACUGGAGUAUGUUCCGUAAUAACCAGGACAAACGCCGUGACUUUAAUAAAGGGAAUAGGGGAAGGGGAGGAAGAUACAACAGAGGCGGGAAGCAUUCGCGUCCAAGGGGAAACGAUUCAGGUGGUCGCCCAAACAAAUUCCAGAAAGUUAGGUCAUGAGAAAUUUAUCUUUACAAAGAACAUGUCAAGCUAUUUUGUCUCACAUUACUGCGAUGAUACUUUGUUGAAAUGUGUUAGCAAUUUUGUGGCCUAAUCUAUGUCUCAAUAUCAUAAAAAUGGUUUUGUUCUCCAUUUUCUGUUUUCCUUAGUCAAAGUUAUAUGGUAGUGCAACUUUGUUGAA